CAACCUGUGCUACAUUAUUGAUGUGGGACCAAUGGCUUCGUCAGGCUUGUUUGUGGGAGGAGCUCGGCCACAUGUGUGUUGUGAAAUAAACAUGAAUGCCAGCGAAGUUCUGGGUCGCUGCUCUGGACGUGGAGAAGGACGACCACAGCAUCACUGGGACGCUCAAUUAUGAGGAAGCUGCUGUCAGUGUGGAUUUGCCUGCUGCUUGUCAUCACCCUCUGCCCGGGUGCCUGGUUCACAGAGGGCAAGCCCAGUGGUGGCUCGAAAGGUGGCAAGAAAGGUGACAGCAAAAAAAACUCCAGCAUUCUGGGCUUUUCUAAGCCGGGCCUGAAGGUGACUGGGGCGAGUGCUGCGGGAAUGCUGGGAGGCACCGGCACCGGGCUAAGCCUAGGCUUCUUUGGCAGACACAGACAUGGAUCCAGGGGUCACAAGAACGAGAGGCAACCCCCACCAUAUUAUGAUGAACAUCAAGGGUCCAACAACCGGUCUCGCUGGAGAGCCAUCUUCAGCUCGGCCCCUCCUCCUGUCCUCAGCAACAUCUUCACUCGCGUCCUUCCUUUUCUCAUCCUCGUCUGGAUGAGGGAAAUUUAAUCCCGGCAAGAAGGACCAGGCUUUGUGUGAACGCGGAAACAGAAUAAAAGAGCA